UCUUCUCCAUCUAAAUCUUUCUCCUGUUUCCAAUAGAUAAUAUAUUUGAAGGAUCGUGGAUUCGCUUCAUAAAUCCCAUUGCUCCAACAAGAAGUUAUUGUCCUGGAACUCAUUCGAAGGCGACCGGAAGGACCAACGACCAAUUCUCUACGGAAACCGUCACGAAAACUCCGGCCAUCAUCAGGAGGCCAACAUUAAGAUCGACGAUGGAAGCCAAGAUAUCCAUAUGAAGACGAGAAUUCUUAUCCCGGUCGUCGGUAGCAAGGUGUGGAAGGAGUCCAGUAAUGAAUUCCAAAAGGAAGUGAAUCCUAACAAUGGUAGGAACGAUGUUUGGGGAAGUGGAGGAGAGGACUCGGACUUUUCUUUCCAGAGCCAGAGCCCCCAGGAGAUCAACCAAGACCCUCCAUCUCGGCCAAUUAGACUGUUUAUGAAGAAACAAAAGAAAUCUGGUGCCGAGAUGACCCUCGAUAUGAAUCUUGAGAUGGAGGGGCUCAAGAAACCGAUGGAGGAUGUCAGACAGUCGAAGGAGUUACGUAUUGCCUAUCAAGAUGAUUCCGAUAAAGCACCUUCCCCACUCUCCCUGUCGGAGUCGGAGGAGUACGACUCUGAUAAAGCACCUUCCCCACUCUCCCUGUCGGAGUCGGAGGAGUACGACUCUGACACCUAUGACGAGGGGCGCGAACUUUGGCGAGGUUCGGCCACCGCGAGGCCUGCCGUGAGGGACGCUAGUGCCAAAGUUCUGAAAUGUUCUUCUAACUCGUUAUUUUGCCGAAAGAGCAAUAUGCUGCUAAGGGACAAGACAAGGUCUAGAAAGAUAGAUUCGCUGACUACCAAUGGUGGCGGGGAUGACGAAAGGAAGUCGUUGUGGAUGCCAAAUAGAUUUGAUCAGCUCCCAUCGUGGUCUAGCCAAUUCCCGCUGCGUUCUAGCCCACCCAAAUCUAGACCUCUCAGCAAAUCGUUGAUGAUAGAGGACCCUUUCGAGGAACUCCCUGAUGAGUUCAAUCACACAAAAAUGUGUAAAUGGACUAUACUACAAUUGAUCGGCUUUAUCCUACUCAUUGUUGCACUAAUUGGCAGUCUCACCAUCUACAGAAUCCAGCACCAGACCAUUUGGGGACUUCACCUAUGGAAGUUGUUGGUUCUCGUCCUCGUCCUCAAAUAUGGUUUUCUCCUUUCUUGUUGGUUGACACGCAUUAUCAACUUGUUCCUUGAACGCAACUUUAAACUUUAUAAGCGACUGCUUUAUUUUGUGUACAGUGUGCGCAAUGCCGUCCAUAAUUGUAUAUGGCUUGGCCUAGUGUUGAUUGUUUGGCAAUCACUUUUUGACAAGAAGAUUCUGAGGGAGAACAAGGCACUUUCCUAUAUCACAAGAAUACUAUUUUGCUUAAUUGUCGCCAUUGUCUUGCGCCUCAUGAAGACCCUUACGCUUAAAGUCCUAGCUUUCUCCUUCCACGUUAGUACAUACUUUGAUCGAAUUCAGGAAGCUUUCUUCAAGCAGUAUGUUAUUCAGACACUCACAGGUCCACCACUCAUUGAAAUACAACACAAAAUGGAAGAGGAUGAUCGAAUGAUCGCAGAGGUGCAAAAUUUUCAAAAUGUGGGAGCCACGAUUCCUAAUGACCAUUGGGCGGCAGCUAUACCUUCCAAAACCAGAAGGGUGAUUUCUGGCAGUAGUGGUAUCUAUAGUGGGUCCACUGGGUUGAGGUGUUCUCAGAUAGGAAAGAGUAUCAAGCUUUCUGGUGAUCUCUUGAGGACAAAGUUUGGUAGAAAACAAUUGCAGCAUGAGGAUGGUAUUACCAUGGACCAACUACACAAGCUCAACCAGAAGACCAUAUCAGCUUGGAAUAUGAAGCGACUAAUGAGAAUUGUAAGGCAUGGAACAUUAACGAUAAUAGAUGAACAGAUAACACGAGAAAGUGGAGAGGACGAGUCAACUUUGCAGAUUAGGAGUGAGCAUGAAGCGAACAUAGCCGCAAAAAAGAUCUUCAACAAUGUUGCAAAACAAGGUGCCAAGCAUAUCUACUUGGUGGAUGUAAUGCGAUUCAUGAGGGAAGAUGAAGCUCUAAGGACGAUGGCCCUUUUUAAUGGAGCACGGGAUUAUAAUAGAGUUAGCAGGAGGACUCUCAAGAACUGGGUGGUCAAUGCGUUCAGAGAUCGCAAAGCCCUUUCUUUGACAUUAAAUGAUACGAAAGCAGCAAUGAACGAACUUCAUCAGAUGGCAAACAUCAUUGUUUUCAUAAUACUAAUGGCUCUCUGGCUUCUUAUUUUGAACAUCGCAACAACACAUUUUUUACUUCUUCUUAGCUCUCAAGUUCUAUUAUUGGUGUUUAUCUUUGGCAACACAUUAAAAACGACUUUUGAAGCCAUCAUUUUCUUAUUUGUGAUGCAUCCCUUCGAUGUGGGAGAUCGUUGUGAAGUGGAUGGUGUGGAGAUGAUUGUGGAGAAGAUGAAUAUUCUGACAACAGUAUUUUUGAGAUAUGACAAUCUGAAGCUUACGUAUCCAAACAAUGUGCUCGCUCGACUACCCAUUAGCAACUAUUGCCGAGGAAAAGAUAGCAAUUAUGCGGGAAAGAAUUACAACAUAAGUAAAAUGCCCGUCGGUUACAAGAGAUUAUUUUGUGCGGAUACCGGACACAGCUUACCGUCCAGAGGAAUAUCAGGUUCAGCCACGUCAUCCAGUACCGAGUAUUAUCGAGCUCAGUACUGAGCAGUACCGAGCCGCAAUACUGAGUUGGGGUGAUGUGGCGUUUUUUCAUUGGGCUCUGGAUGGCGUUCGAUGUACGCACCUAAUAAUUUCACGCCGGUUACAAUUUUUAACAAUCCAAAGGAUAUUGCUAUGUACCAUAAAAGCUUUAGAGCAUUUCACGAUAUGCAAUUAUUCUGAGAAUUGUAUCAAUAUGCAAAUCUUGUUUCAAAUUUA